AUGCCUGACCAUCAGCCGGAAUUCCUGAUUAAAUUUCAGAAGCAACUUGAGCCAUAUAUCAAGCCUCGAGAACAGGUCAAUUAUAUAAGGCGCGUCCUAGCUCUUCACCUCGGAUCUUGUGCCGGCAAUGGCGCCAUCCAGAGUCCUCUGUUCCUCGUCGACGGCUCACAAGAAGUCACCAUGCCACCAGACUUGACCGGCGUAUUCAGGGAAUAUGUCGAGGCUCUUCAGGCUAAUACGGCAGCACGGCGUCAGUUUGAUUGUCUCUUGAAAAAUAAUACCCCUGAAGAGCCCGAGCCGCCAAAGCCAAAGGCAAACAGCAUUGAUAUGAUGGAGGAACGAAUAUGUCUUUUGAAGCUCCGGCAGAAGCGAGAGAGUCUGCUCGCAGUUCGACAGUCUCUGGAUCUUCUCAUGGAAAAACCUGCUGCAACCCGUGAGUUUCUAGACGCCAAGCACAUCUUUCAAGGCAGCCCCGGAGUGCCAAGUGCACCGGACGAUGUUAUCAACGGCCUCGCAGUUGAUCAGAGCUCUACUCAGUCAGGCCUCAGUGAUCGAAUUCAACAACUGGAGAAGACGGUUCUGAGAGCAAAGCUGCUGUUAAAGCAGGAGGAACAGACGGUGCGAGAGACGAGAGCCCGAUCCAAAAACCAGUUUGACAUGGUCAGCAAUGGUGCUCGGGUGGAAGCGUUGACCACUACUCGCAAUGAACUCAUCACUUGGAUCGAAAAUGAGCUUGGCAAAGCUUCUCCUGGGGCAAGCUCAGGGGCCAAAAGCGGUAGUCAUACGUCCAGGGUCAGCCCAUCAACAAUUGCAGCCAAUCUUGAAGAGAUUAGCAAAAAGUACGCCAAAUACGUGUUCUCGAGGAAGACUCUGUUGGAGAUGGAAACGCAGCAAUCUCAGCUAUCCCAACCAUCGCAUCCAACGCUUCUACCUCCAGCACAGCUGGUUGCUGGCUUGGACCGAAGCAGUAACAAGCCUCCAAUCCCUAUUGACCACCUUCUUACCCCUUACUUGAGAGCCCUGGCUGCUAUUUCUGUCAGUCAAAAGGCAGCCAUCAGCCAGAAAGCCUUCUUCACAUCAGCACUGUCCAAGCAGAACCAGGAUGCUUGCCAACUACUCGGUCGUCUAGGCGAAGAGAGUCACCUGCUGCCCGCCUAUCCAAUGAAAGACUCUCUACGCCGGCGGUCUGGCAUACAGACGGAGAUAGCCUCAAAGUCUGAACAUCCUGAUAUUUCCAAGAGGAUCAAGCCGUGGGUAUUUGCCGCCGAUUCGGCCAAGAUUGCGCUCCUCGAAUACGCCGCAGAAACUGUCGAUAUUGGACAAGUAGCACUCGAAAAUUGCCUGGAGAAUCUUAGGGAAAUUGACUUCCUCUUGGGCUAUCCUGAAGAAGGGGAGGAGUCCGGCGAAGUUUCUGAAAGACAAUCAAAGGCUGGAACGAGGCUUGGAUCACAGAAACGUACGUCAAAGAAUAGUAUCACAGACGAUGGGCACGACGUUUGGUCUAGACUACAUGGAAAUCUAGGAGUGCUCAGAGAUGCUGCUUGA